AUGUUAGGAAAGUUCAUAACAAGCGGUUAUGAAGAGGAAUUAGAAUUUGAUUCUCUUGAUAUAAUAGGUUUUCAGUACAACACAUUUUUAAAUUUUAAAAUUAAACAAGUUCUAAAAGGCCACUCAAGCUCCGACAUUGGAUAUUCAUUUCCAAUUGAAACUAAAUCUACUAUUUCAGAUAUUCUUUUUGUUAUUGGUGAUAAACAAAUCAGACCUCAGCUUAGAAUGUCAGAAGAAGCAUCCAAAGAAUAUCAGGAGUCAAAAGAAAAAGGAUAUUUAUCAUUGCUUGGAAGAAAUUUAUCAGGAAAUCGUAUCAUUUUCAAUUUCGGAAAUUUUCCAGAAGAAACAAAAAUUGAGGUCCAUUACACGAUGUCUUAUUUGGCAGAAGUAAACAAUCAAGGAUUUUUCUUCAGAUUCCCUAUUGCAUCAAAAGAUCAGUAUGGUUAUGAAACUUCGUUGCCGGGAUCAAUUUCAUUUUAUCUCAAAAUCAAAACAGAUAAAAACAUAAGUAAAAUAGAAGCAAACAAAUCAGCAACAAUCAAUCAGUUUGAUAAUCAUAAUGCAUUCAUCAAUCUUGACAAAUUUGAACCAGCUAUCUUUGUUCAAACUUUGAUAAGUGAUCAAGACAAAAGCACUGCAGUUUCAAGUGAUGAUUAUAUAGCAGUAUCUACAUAUAAAGAAUUUAGCUCCAAAUCAAAUGGCUAUGAAUGCAAGGCAGAUUAUUUCUUUGUUAUUGAUUGUUCCGGAUCAAUGAAAGGCGAUCGCAUCGAAAAAGCUGUUAAAUGUAUGCGUCUUAUUCUACAAUCUCUUCCUAUGAAGUGCAGAUUCUCAAUAGUAUGUUUUGGAUCAGAAUUCCAAACAUUAUUACCAAUUGUUGAAUAUAACAAUGAAAACGUUUUGCUUGCUAUGAAUCUUAUUAAAUAUAUUCAAGCAAUUAUGGGCGGAACAGAUAUAUACCAUCCAUUGGAAUAUAUUUUCUCACAAAAUGGAAUGACAAAGAAAAUUUUCCUCUUAACAGAUGGCGAGGAUAGCAAUUCUGAAGAAAUUAUUAGAUUAGUCCAAGAAAACAAACAAUUUGGAAACAUUUACACGGUUGGAAUUGGAAUUGGUGCAGAUUCUGGUCUUAUUAGGAAUCUUGCUGAGGUAACAAAUGGAAAGUGGACAUAUGUUUUAGAUAAUGAGAAUUUCAAUGAGAAAUUAAUUUCAUUACUUUCUUCAUCUAUUGAAAAUAACUCGGUAGAUAUUACAAUACAUGCAAAUGAAACAAUUGCUGAGACAAUCCCAUCAAAUCCAUAUCCUUUGUGCUCGAAUAUUUCUCAAAACUAUUUCAUUAAAGCACCUUUCUGCGAAAAUGUUUUGAUAAGUUCAGAAGAAUUUGAUCUGCUUGUUCCAGUAAUGAAGAUCGAGGAUGGUAUUGGAAUGAAAAGUCUAUUUACAAAGAUGAUUAUUCAUGAGUAUGAAACAUAUUUGAGAACUCAUAAUGAUGAAGCGAUGAAACAAAAAUGUAUUGACCUAUCUAUAUCAUCUGGAAUUCUCUGCAAAUAUACGCAUUAUAUUGGUUCAAUCCCAGAAAAUGUUGUUCAACUUAUUAGAGAAUUCUGGAAGUAUCAAAGUGGAAUUUGCUAUGAAGCAACACCAUCUAAGAAAGAUUAUGAAAAGAUGCAAGACAUAUUCGUUCAACGUCAUAUGACUCAAAGCCAAGAACCAAUUCAAGAACCAAACAACGAACAAUAUGAUAUUGAGAUUGUUGAUGAUCGUGAUGAAAUUGAGAAACAAAAUAUCGAUGGAUCAUGGGAUCGGUUUGAUGCAAUGGAUUCAGAAAUUAAAGAAAAGUAUGGUGAAAAAGUUGCUGCUACAGUUGCAGCAAUCCUUUAUAUUAUGAGAUAUCGCAAAUCUCAGAUUGAUGAGCUUUCGUUAGUUCUCAAGAAAGCUUAUUUCUUCUUAAAGAAAGAAGUCAAGGAUAUUAAUUGGGAAGAAUUUAUUAAGAAUAAGCUUUAA